UUUGACACCAAAUAUGAUGGUUUCUAUUUUUGGGAACAGCUUGGGAACAGGGCCAUGAAUUCUUACAUUUCAACAGCUCAAAAUCAAACCAAUAAUGUCAAUUAUCAUCGCCUUACAAAUAUUUCAAAGAGCUCUUAGAUUCGAGUAAAUGUCACUUUUUUGCCACGAAACAAAUGUUCAGAUGGGUUUCUUAGAGGGCUGUGAAUCAGAUAUACAAUUAUUUGGCUUCCAUUUGACUUUUAAUCCAUUGGGUAUUGGUUAUCUAUCAUUUAAAUGCCACUGUACUUCGGAGGACAGUAUUGUUUCUUAAAUUUGUUCAUGACUUGCCUGUAGGAACACCUUUUGGGAAGCUUUUUAGCCUGCGAUGCAAGGGAAUGAAAGAAUCAAGGGAAUGAAAAGCCAUUAAAAUACUGUGAAAUACUCGAAAUACUUAAAUUUACUUUAAGAAGCCUCCCUGUGGCACUGCACUGGCUCCCACUUUCCGUUCCACCAGUUCCGUGGCUCUGUGCUUCUGUGGCAACGCAUUUUCUUGAAUAUCUGGCAACGCUGCGUUCCGGUUUGUUGCAGCUUUUGACGGCCACUCGGCGAGUUCUUUGCUUUUUUAGUGCGAGUUUUAUUUAUGCGUUGAUUUUAAACACUUUUAAUUGUAUUUAUCACAGAAAUGAAUGCAGAAGGCAAUGCGGAAGAUCCGGAUGCUAUUGAAUAUCUGGAUUCCAAUGAAGACGCCACGGACGACGACAUAGACGAGGAGAUCAUCAUCUUAGAUGAGCCACAAGAGGAGGAUCACGGGGACAAGCAGGACGAGGGAGGAGCUCCUUGGAAAAGUGGCAAAGGGUUGUUGCGUCUUCUGAUGCAAAAACGAAACAAUCAAGAGACGACUGCGGCCGAAUGGCUGGAACUGUACGACAAGUGCCCCUCGUUCGCGCUGGUGCGCCUGAUGCAACUCGUGGUGGACGCCAGUGGCAACAUGUACCAGAUACCCCCCGAAACCAAGGCCCCCUUCCAGUACUGGGACAUACUGCUGAAGGCCAGGCAGGGGUUUACACGCACCAGCCGAGGUUACUCCUCGUAUUGGAAGGACGGCAGCAGCACCCCCGCCAGGCUGUCCUCCUUCUUGCUGUGUCUGGUGAAGGCUCUCGAUGCCAAAGGCCAUGCUGGUCAUGUUCUGAAAGAGUUCUCAUCGUUUGUUCUAGUGUUUUCCGAGUCGGAGGUGCGUUCCUUUCGCCACGCGGGCACACUGGUUGGUCUCAAAGUGAUGACUGGCAUGCUGGCUGCGGACGCGGUGAGGGCCACGGAUCUGGCGACUAUCUGGAAUAAAAUGUUGAGCCAACUGUUCGUGGAGCGUCGCCUGGACAUCGCGGACUCCAUACGUUGCCUGUGCUGCACGGAGCUCGCCCUGUGGAUGGCUAGGUAUCCGGCGGUGGCCUUCCAGCUGGCAUCCCCGCACAUGCACUUGCUGUUCGAGGCCCUGGCCGACACGUCGCCGAAGGUGCGCGAGUGCUGUGUGCUGGGCAUAGCGCAGGUGUACGGCACCGAGGACUCCCGUGUGAGGCUCUCCUGCCUGUCGCUGGUGGCGAAGUACAAGCUGUGUGUGCUGCUCGUCGCGGCCGCGGACAAGGAGUGGAUGGUGUGCGAGCUGGCCCUACGCCUGUUCGUGCCCCUGCUACACGACUCGCUCGAUCUGUGGAGCGAGGAGGAGAUGGCCACGAUCGAGGGCUUGAUGUUGAAUCAGAAUCGAUGCGUGGCCCAGGCAGCCGCCGCGAUCUUCACGCAGCGGCACCUCAGCAAGGAGGAGGACGAUAUCUCUCGGAUACGUCGCGUGGUGGCGUUCGCCGAGAGGUUUCCGGAGUACGAGCAUUGCGCCUACCUGGUGGAUGCCCUGAUCGAAAGAAGCAACGUGGUCCUGGCCUGGGCCCCCAUGGCGGAGAUGCUGCUGACGGGGGAGGAGCAGCAGAACGAAGACAGCAUAAUCAUUGAGCUACUGACGUGUGCCGUGUGGCAAUCGACAACCGGCGAGAUACCCCCCGGGCGCUAUACCAAAGAUCUGGUUAGGCAAGAGCCCAUCGCAGGGGCGAAGCAGACGGCCACACAAGUCCUGGCGCCCGUGAUGAACAGGCUCCUGCGAAAGUACGAAGGAAACGCGGCAAGUCUCUCGAAUCUGCUGAAACUGCCGCAGUACUUCGAUCACGAGGCAGAGGAGCACGCCGAGCACUUGCCGCUGCUGAUCAGACGGCUGCAGAGGAUACUUUUCCCCCAGCAGAACGGGGCGGUGAUGCGCGUGGCCGCCGAGACUCUAAAGAAGGUCUGCGUGCCCUCGAUCUGGCCGGAUAUACGGGCGAUCCUGGCCACGGCCGUGAAGAGCUAUCAGGUGGAGCUCCGCAGCUGGUAUGCGGCUGCGAGUCGCAGGACCACCAUUCGUUUAGUGGAAACCCUGCAACUGGUGGCCGCGUUAUGGCGGCGCUUUGACCUCACGAAGUGCGAACUGCUGGUCCCCGUUCUGCAAAACCUGGAACAGAGUCUCCUGACAGCGGACAACGACAACGCACUGCCGCGCGACACCAUCCCCUUAUACUUGGAGAUGUGCUACUAUGGCCUCAUUUGGCGGCUAGCUGAUAAGCAGAAAGAUGAUGCCGCCAACGAGGAUCUCAAUUCGAGUCUCACGUCGGUCAUUUGUGCGGCAUUCAAAAUUAUCAAGUUGAUGCCACAGAGAUCCUUCCCAUACGCCCUGACCACCAUCUGUGAUCUGUUGGUGCUGUUCGGCAAUAACAAGCGCUCCAGGAGCGCACUCUAUGUCUAUCAGCCAACGAUCCGGGAGUUUGAACUGCUCGAAGAUCACUUGACGAUGCAUCUGUUCGGUGCAGCGCCCGGGCAACUGCGCCCGAGGGAGGUCUUCAAGGAGCUGCAGAAGAAGCGGCUGGCCUUGGCGGGAUACUGCAAAAUACUGUCCUUCAAUGUAGGGCCCAUCAUGAGGUUCCGUUGCAUGCUGCAGCACUACGACAAGUACUACGACGCCUUCGGGGACUUGAUGCGCGCCACCAUGGAGAAGUCCCUGUACGUAAAUGCCACCAACUAUGGCAUGGCACUGAUGCACACGGUCUUGCUGGUCUUCGAAGGGGUGUUGAGGGCGAGUGGGGGGAGCGGAGUGCGUGCCGCCAGAGCCCCCGAGUUCGCGGAUCUGCUCAAACUGUCCAAACGCCUGGCGAACACCCUCAACACUGAUCGACUGAGGAGUCGCCAAGGAGUGCUCGCCCUGCACCGUGCUGGCAUCUUUUAUGCCGCGCAUAACAUGGUCGACAGACUGACGGGCCCGCCGACCGAGAAUUUGCUCUUCUUGAGAGUCCUGGAGGUGUUUGUGCCACAUCUACUCUCGCAGGAUAAACUGGCGAUAUUGCAGCAUCUGGAGAAGAACCUUCCCGCAGAGCUGUCAUCGAGCUCUCACAAGGGCUGGGGGCCCCUGAAAAAAUAUCGCACGGCCCUGCAACUGCGCCUCAAAUUAACCCAUUAACCCAUAUCACCCAUAUGUAACUCAUGCAGAUUGACAAGACUUGGCGGGGCGCUAAUCGUCUUUCGUUUCUCCCCUUUCGCUGGAGAGGAUUCCGAGUCCGUGGAGGAGGACUGACUAAGGUAGGAGCCAUCACGUUUUAUUUGAAAAUAAAAUUCCCCGAGGAAUUUGGCCAUUGGAAUGAAUGGCACUG